CGCUUUGAUCAACGUCAGGAGGAAGUAUUCUGACAAAAAGAACGUAAUGUUUUUUUCGUCUGAAAAUGUGUAGUAAGAAUUUCAAAGUAAGAAUAGCAUCUUAACAAAGCAAGGAUGAGACGAGGACUUUUAACCAGCACAAAGUGCUGGAUUCUUGGGCUCCUGGCAGUAGUCACUGUCAUCAUCAUUCACCUGUCAAACAUCGGCAGCAAAACUGACCACAGUAGUGGAAUAUCUGUCAUCGACACCUAUGGCUCCACACAUGGUAUCAUGUCAAAGUUCUUCUCUGGUGAAAGAAAUUUUGAGAAGAAAAGCAGUCAUGACAUACCCCCUCUCAAAAGGGGUGAAAUGGAAUCCAAAUUAACGAAUACCUAUACACGCAAAGAAAAUGUGUUGAUUGAAGAACAGCUCAUGCCUAAAGUUAGUCAGAAUAUAACCAAAAAGGUUGGUUUUACUUUAGAAACAAAACGUGCCCCACCAAAACAUUAUAUUACCAUUCAUUUCAAAGGAAGACUGGGAAAUCUGCUUUUCCAGUAUGCAUCCUUAUUCGGAAUAGCUAAUAAAAACAACCUGAUCCCAGUGAUUUCUGAAAAUAGUGAGUUGCGGAGAAUUUUCAAAAUAACAUCCCUGUCCACAGAGAGUAACAAUGUGAGAUAUGGCCGAGUUUUCAAAGAGAAAAUUGGAUGUGCAUUUGAACCAGAAGCAAUGAAACUCGGAUCAGAAACAAAUACAAAGCUGGAUGGUUACUUUCAAAGUUUCAAGUACUUUCAAGAGCAUGAUGCACUACUGCGUCAACAAUUCCAAUUUAAAGAUGACAUACAAAAAAGAGCAGCUUCUGUAUUUUCUGAACUUGUUGACCAAAAAUCUAAAAACAAAAAUGGUCCUGUGACAUAUAUUGCAGUCCAUGUGCGCAGGGGUGAUUUUAUUCAUAAUAAAGGUUUUAGUAGGUAUGGUUAUGUGUCCCCAGGCCCCGAAUAUCUAGAAAAAGGAUUGAACUUGUUUAGAGCUAAUUUCACUAACUGCAUAUUUGUGAUUGCCUCAGAUGACUUAAACUGGUGUAAAGAAAACAUGCACGGAAAUGAUUUGGUUUUCAUGAACCCUGGUAACACCCGUGAACUUGACUUCGCAGUGAUGACACAAUGUAGUCAUAUGCUUAUGACUGUCGGCAGCUUUGGCUGGUGGACAGCAUGGCUGAUCAACGGCAAAACUGUUUACUACACAGGCUAUCCCCGUCCUGGAUCUGAGCUUGCAAAACAGAUUGUAUUAGAGGACUAUAGACCUCCUCAUUGGAUUGGUCUGUCGUAAUGUAUUAAUCACCAAACUUUCUCUACACCUAGUAUCACAGGGGUCAGACACAUUGGCCUGUAGAAAUUAGACACUGAAGAGCAGUUGUGUCAAUCAAUAUACCAGUUUCUAGUCCCUGUGUUUACAGAAAUCCAGUGUUUUUUUAUGUGACAAAGUAUCGCCAUUUCUAAAUUAGAAUGACUUUAUUGAUCAGUACAGAAAUAACUUUAAUAUCAUGACGGUAUCAGCCUCCUGGGUUUACUGCAGAUAAAUAAAGAAGAGAUGUGAGUUUUCAGUUAUGCCUCAACUGAACUUUGUUAAAUCUAGUCCUGGAUUAUUGUAGGACAAAUAUGGUAGUAUGAUUAACUGCAUGAAACAAGAACUGAACCAAUUUUAAUGAAAUUUUGCAGAAACCUUUCCUGGCAUGAUAUGAACCAAAGUAGUGAAUUAUACAGUCCCCACCCCACAGGGACCCGAGGAGUCUGAAGGGUGGGGACAAAAAGGGUCAAAUUAACCCAAAUUUCAAAAAUCUUCUCAACUCCCAGAUAUUUUUUAAAAACUACUUGCCAAAAUAUUGUAUAAAAUUAUCUGUACAUGCAUGUUCAUAUAAUGUAUAUUUUCUAUUGCAGUAUACAUGUCAACAUGUAAUGAUAUAUUUAUGAAUCAAUGCUAUCAACAUUUAUAUCUGCAAGUUUACACUGGGUUGAAAACUAAAUUCUUCCACUAAAAUUCCAUUCCAGACUGCUGAUAGACAUUCCAGAUUUUUAACUUUUUAAAAAUAUAUUUAUAUUUCAAUUUCAUUUUUUUGUGAAUAUUUGCAAUUUAAGGAGGUCUGAAAAUUGAAGGGAAAAAAAGUGUUUGGUGUGUCACAGAUAGGAGAUAAAGAACACAUAUUUUAAUAUAUUAAUCAGUAUUUAAAAUUGUAUGGGUAUACCAUAAAGUAGAACUGUUGUCCAUGAUGUAAGUUUACAAUAAUUUUGAAAUAUUCCAAACUAUAUUUAUUAGUUUGUAUACAGGUUACAGUCAGAAUUAAGAUUGAAGAAAUUUCUAGAGCAGCAACUACCAAUAUUUGCUAUUUUGAAAUUUUAUUUUG